AGAGUGAUAGUCCCGACGCUAGAUGGGAUAAUCGGAGGAAGAUACUAUGGUCGCUAUACCACAUCCUGCGGGACGAUGUAAGAAGGAGAUUCGUGUUCGGAUAUACAAUUGAGAAUCGGAAGAUGCGUUGGUGGUACUGCAGUCGCACUGAGGUCUUCGUGUCGACUCCACUCGAUUUCAUCCAGGAUCACAGAUCCGUAGUGGAAUUCCUGCUCUGCGUCGCGUUCGCGGAAGAGCACCAGCUCGGUUGGGAUCCGACAAUCAAGAGGCUUCCACCGACGCCUAUCCACCCGUUGCCACGAUACGAGAUCACCGUCCGGGAUACCUUGCGGGAUGAGGUGGUUGAGAGGACUUACCGGACGAAGGACCUGAUUUGGAACUACGGGGCCGACGCUUUCCGAGGCCGGGGUACGAGAGUGUGGUCUGUCGUGGAGGUGGAUGCGGAUGGUAACGAAGGCACGGACCUGUACAUCCUCAAGGAUUCAUGGGCGGAUGUCGACCGCGAACGGGAAGGUCGCAUCAACCAGCUGAUACACUCUCGCGUUGUCGAACAAGACGAAGAACUUGCUUCAAAAGUAUACGCCAGAUUCUUCAUGCAGGUUCACGCGUUUGGUGACGUGCAUAUCGGCCCGCGCGUUGACAGGACGGACAACUUCAAGGUCGACAGAUUCGGCGAAGAGCUUCUCAGCCGAGGCACGCUCACGGUCCUGGUACGGACCGACGACGAAGGCAAUCCUCAAGACGUUAAACUUCCUCGCCGCGGAGUUCCGGUUGUCACCCGUUCGAUCAGACCGCGAGAGCCGGUGCUACAUUACUCUCACAAGGUGCAUCAUCGCACUGUCUUCAAGGAUGCAGGAAAGGAUCUCUUGGAGGUGGAUACACUUGUCGACGUCUAUCGCCGGAUUGAGCAGGUACUAUCUGGGCUGGAUGUCUUGCACUCAGCGAACUGGGUCCACCGCGACAUCAGUUAUGGUAACAUAUUGGUCGUUGGGGAGAACGCGAAAAUCACCGAUCUAGAAUAUGCCAAAGCAAUGUCUGACCUCGGUGCGCAUCACGGUGUCCGGACGGGAACGCCAUACUUCAUGUCAGAAGAGGUUCGAGCAUCUGGGUACAACUAUAUGCCUGUCAAGCGGCGAAAUAUCCGAUUGACGGAUUCAAGUCGCACGGAAAGGCUCCGGCAUGCCUUGCGGGACCCUGCGGCAACUCCGCCUCAUGUGCAACCAUCUCAGCAGGAGAGCGGACCAGGCACUAUCCCCAGUUCAGCUCCCAACGAAGCCGCUGACGCUGCUCUGCCGCCUCCCGACACGACGCAUCCGAGCCGCGUCAUAUUUCGCCACAAUCCCCUACAUGACUUGGAAUCGGUCUUAUGGCUCUCUCUCUUCGUCCUUCUUGUCUCCGAGUACGAAAAUAGCGAGCUCAACGAGAAAGGAGAGCGCAAAUACGACGCACAAACGUUCCAGGCCUUCAUGGAUGCGCAGCAAGCCUUGGCCUGGAAGCUCUUCUGCGAACCCAAUUGUCGAAUGGCGGUAAUGAUGACCGCGAACUAUCUGGCGAGGCAGACAGACGGCCUUCACCCCACUGUUGCCAAGAUCAUCUGCGAGCUGGACUUUAUGUGCUCCGACCUGGUGGACGCUUUCAAGGACGCGGAGAAGGACCUCAAGCCAGGGGUGGCCGAACCAAUCACGAUGGACUGGUCAGCUGUGAACGGACAGCUUAGUCAGAGUAUCAUGGCUGUCAUUUCCAUCCUUGAGCAGACGCCACUUCACCUUCUCAAGGACACCACGAAGAGGACACGCAGACUGGUCAAGCCGAAGGGCGUCGGGAAUGAGAAGAAAGGGAGAGGAGUCGGAGACACUGCCAACGUUGAUGGUGAUUCAGGCACAGACGAGGACCAGGACGGCCGACGAGUCAAGGUCCGGAGGGUCGGAGGAAGCAAGGAUGUAUCAUCUUCCUCGAGGGCUCAGCUUCCAAUCCCUUCACUUACGACGCUUAUUGCGGCUGACCACGGCUCCGAUUCUGAGCAGUGACGAUGUGUUCGACGGAUGAUUAUCAUUUGUGUACCAUACCCUCUUCACACAUCUGCGCAAAUACACUUUCCUGCUCUUCA